AUGAGGCCCUCUUUCACCACGUUGGUCCGGGCCAGACGGCCUGUGCGUGAAACCCCUCCGCUGAUGCCACCUCUCCAGCUCUACAGAGAGAUCCUCAGAGCCCACAGGAACCUGCCCUCUCCGCAGCGAGCACUGGGAGACUCGUAUGUAAGGGGUGAGUUCAGGGCUCAUCGCAAGAUCGAUAAUCCACUACACAUUGUUGGGUUUCUGCAGCAGUGGCAGGAGUAUCUAAAUGUCAUUGCUGGAGGCAAAUGGCACGAAUAUAGACUGUCUUCAGCGGAGCUCGACAAGAUGAGUCCCGAGCAGGUUGGGCAGUUGUACGAGUUGAUGAAAGAGACGCAGCGGAUUGGACGUGGCGAAGAAUAA